CCCUUUAUUAAGACACCAUAGAAGAUGAGGUCGAAAGGCUUGGCUUUGAUUAUCAUAUUAAUCAUCUCAAGAGAACUCAAUGCAGAAGAGAAACCCUGUGGUUUUCCAACUGUGGAAAAUGGAAGGAUUGCCCAAUAUUACUAUACUUUUGAAAGUUAUUACUUUCCAAUGAGCAUAAACCAAAAUCUGUCAUUUUCCUGCAUGGCUGGUUAUACAAGUGAAACUGGGAAACAAGAGGCCCGGACCACGUGUACGGCAGCAGGAUGGUCCCCAGAACCACGGUGCUUCAAAAAAUGCCCUAAGCCUGACCUGAGGAACGGUUACAUCUUUGACACAAAAUUAUUUUACAAAAUUCAAGAGAACAUGCGUUAUCGUUGUGCAUCAGGGUACAAAACCACAACAGGGCAGGAUGAAGCAGUGGUUCAAUGCCUCCCUGAUGGAUGGUCUUCUCAACCAACCUGUAGGAAGGAACAUGAGACAUGUUUGGCCCCUGAAUUACAUCACGGAAAUUAUUCCACAGCACAGAAGAUGUUCAAAGUGAAGGACAAAGUACGAUAUGAGUGUGCCUCUGGGUACCACACAUCUUCCGGGAAGAGGACGGAGGAGGUGGAGUGUCACCCGUACGGAUGGGCCCUCACCCCACGAUGUGCCAAAUUAAUAUGUUCUUCUUUAAGAUCAAUCGAAAAUGGUUAUUUUCAUCCUGUAAAGCAAACCUAUGAAGAAGGAGAUGUAGUUCAGUUUUUCUGUCAUAAAGAUUAUUAUCUAAGUGGAUCUGAUUUAAUUCAGUGCUAUAACUUUGGUUGGUACCCAGAAUCUCCUGUCUGUGAAGGAAGAAGAAAUCGAUGUCCUCCUCCCCCUCUGCCUCUGACCUCCAAAAUUCAAACGUACUCAACCACGUAUCGUCACGGAGAAACAGUUCGUAUAGAAUGUGGACUUAACUUUGAGAUGCAGGGAUCAGAAGAGAUACGCUGUGAAAACGGAAAAUGGACAGAACCUCCCAAAUGCAUUGAAGAAAAGCAGAGGAUGGUCUGUGAGGACCCACCCUUGGUUGCGAAUGCUGCAGCAAACCUAUCCUCCAAGGUCUAUUAUAAUGGGGAUAAAGUGACAUACAUGUGUGAAAGAGGGUAUCACCUCCGGGGACCAGAAGAAAUAACUUGUAAACGUGGAAGAUGGACCCUUCCCCCUGAGUGUGUUGGAAAUACUGAGAAUUGUAAUUCUCCACCUGAUGUAAUAAAUGGAGCUGUUAUUGGUGGAUUAUUAGCAAGCUACCCGACAGGAUCCUCAGUGGAAUAUAGAUGCAAUGAAUAUUACUUAUUGAGAGGAGCAAAAAUAUCUCAUUGUGAACAAGGAAAAUGGUCAUCCCCCCCUGUUUGCUUAGAGCCGUGUACAGUUAACGUGGAUGACAUGAGCAGAAAUAACCUAGGGAUGAAGUGGAAUUAUGAAGGGAAGAUCUUACAUGGAGAUUUAAUAGAUUUUGUAUGUAAACAGGGGUAUGACUUGUCUCCAUCAACUGCACUCUCUGAAUUAUCGGUGCAGUGCAACAGAGGAGAAGUGAAAUAUCCUUCAUGUAUUAGAAAAGAAUCUAAAAGAACGUGUGCAUCUCCCCCACUUAUUAAAAAUGGAGUUAUUAAGAGUUCAACAAUCAGGACCUAUGAAAAUGGUUCCUCAGUGGAAUACAGAUGUUUCGAGCACCAUUUCCUACAAGGGUCUAAGGAGUCCUAUUGUUUAGAGGGGGUGUGGACUACACCACCAUUGUGUUUGGAGCCUUGCACAUUAUCUUUUGAUACAAUGGAAAGUAAUAAUUUGCUCCUGAAAUGGAGUUUUGACAAUAGGCCAUAUAUUUUCCACGGCGAGUAUAUUGAGUUUCUUUGUAAGAGAGAUACUUACAUAACUGAGCUUCCUAUUAUCGGAUCAGAAUUGAGAGUGCAAUGUGACAGAGGGCAGUUAAAAUAUCCAAGGUGUAUUCAAAGAGAAAGGAUGUUGUCUUAUCAAGAACCCUUAAGGACAUGAAAAUGAAUGGCAGAAAGAAGAAUAACAUUUUGACACAUCAUAAAAUCCUUUAUAAAACAUAAUUGUUAGAAGAAAAAUGUUGAAUUAAAAAUCUCUGAGUUUUUACUUACAUGAAGAUUUGAAUCUAAACUGUUUACGCUGGACAUUUUCUUUAUUUAUAAAUAAAAGCUACACAUGCUGUUGUUUCACUUC